AUGAGCUCGUUUGACGAUGUCACUUCGCUUGCCUCAUCAAGAUCUAUUCAUACAAUCGUGCACAAUGACGCCAGUCCCCUCACGCUCAGUCGGCGCAAGACCCUCUCGGACCCAUUGGCGCUUCACCACGCCUCACGAGAUCACGUGUACGCUGGCCUGCGGUGCAGCCAGGUUACUCUUGAGGACCUCCGUACACCGAACCGUGUCGCCACUCCGAACAUCAUUGCCACCUUGCCGGCUGGAAAGGCCGUCGUCGCUGUCAAGAGACUAAAGGACAGUGCGGUGCCGUGGGGCCUCGCUGUGAGCGGCUUGUGCAAUCAGCUCCUCAUCUUUGAUGUGCGAUAUGCGUGCCAACCGCUUCUGGAGCUGUCCGGGCACGUCAACAGCUACCACACGACACUCGCCAUGGCCACAAGUCCUGACGACACGGUUGUGUUUGCUGGCGGCAGCGACCACCGUCUCCGUGCAUGGUCGACAGUAACGGGCGAGCAGCUCCGCCCGCCGCCCAACGAUCGCCGUUCAGUGCUGUCAAUGUCGUAUCGCCACCUUGUCGAACACGUCGACAUCGCAGAGGACCUGACGGUCCGCGUCGCUGCUGCAGGUGAUAUCCUGCGAUUCGCUCCGCACCAUGCCCAUCCAGGGACAUGA